UUUUUCAGCCAACCAACGGAAAAGGUGAAAUGAUAAAAUAGAAAUGGACGAUUCUCUCCAUUAUAUGUCGGUGAAUCAUGCUGAUUCUCUGAUCGGUGCCAUAAAUAAAUUGCGCUGUAAUCGACAACUUUGUGAUGUCAUAAUCAUCGUAAAAAAUUACCGAAUUCCGGUCCAUCGUCUGGUGUUGUCGGCAUGCUCACCAUAUUUCCAAAAUAUCUUGGAAACAAAUUGGGAUUUUGGAGUGAAGGAGUUGACAUUACGUAACGUGAAUGGUGAGGCAGUUCAGAUGAUAAUCGACUUCUGUUACACAUCAGCUAUUUCUGUGAACGAAGAGAACGUCUGGACAAUUCUGCCUGUAGCCUUUACCUUCCAGUUGGAAGAACUGGUGAAUUUAUGUUGUGAUUAUAUAACGUCAUUGAUCCGAAAUGAGACGUGUCUUCAAACUCAUACGGUUGCUGUCCAAUGCCAAUGUUCCGAUCUCGAACAGCUGAGUGCCAAUUUUAUACAAGAUAACUUCGAAUCUUUAAUAGAAGACAGUUAUUUCUAUGAUACGACAGCUAGUUCAGUAUUAAGAUAUUUAAAACUACUACAACAAGACGUAUUAACUGAUGAUCAAGUGAUACUGGGUCUACAGGCGUGGGUUAAACACAGCUACAAUGACAGAAAAUAUCAUACAGCCAAGAUAAUACACCAAUUUCCUGAGUUAAAAGAAAAAUUGCUGGAAUUUUUACCAAAGGAACUGGUUGAGGCUCCGUUUAAUGGUGAUGAUUUGAAAU